AAUGAAUCUGAACUGUUAGAAACAUUUACUGUAUUAUUCACAAUGAGUUUUACCCGUCGAGUCAGAAUAAAUCAGAAUGACGCCUGUUUUUAAAAGUGUGCAGGCGUUUUUGCUUUGCCAUUUUUUUCUUUUACAGUGAUAUACAGUGAUUAUUUAGUGCAUGUGUGCACGUGCAUGUACAUGUGUAUCAGUUGUGCAUUCAUUCAUUUCAUUCAAUUUUAAAAGAGCAUGCAUUUAAGAAAAGUGUUAUGUAUAAAAUUAAAAUAACAGUCUGGUGCAAAGCAUUCUGGGAACCAAAAUCUAAAGGAAAAAAGUGUUAGUAUAUAAAUAUUAGUUAUAGUUAUAUUAGUUAUAUAAACCUAAAAUACCAAAUAAAAGAUAUGAAGUAUUAAAUUUUUAUAUUGGUAAAAUGUAGGCCUAAAUAAUACAAAUAAGACACAAUAAUAUAUUUAUUCUUUUUAAUUAUUAAAAAUAUGUACAUAUCAUGUCAUUUCUAACUGGUUUGACUAUUUGUAUUUUAGAAGUAUUUUCUAUAUGUUUGACAGUGCUAUCAAUUAAUGUUAUAAAGUUUGUAAAAGUGUAGCAUUGGGUGUAACUAUAGUUACUAAGUAAUUAGUUACUGUAAUUGAUUAGUUACUUUUUCCUUGAAAAAAUAAAUUAAGGGAUUAGUGGCUGGACACUUAUGUGAAAAAGCCAAGUUUCCAUUAGAAUCAAUUGAAAACAUGCGCCGGCCGCAGGCGUAAAAGCUUUGGUGUGUCCAGCCCCUUACUCUUUUUCCCAGUAAUUUAAUUACAGUAACUUCUGAGGUAACUGUGUAUGGACUGUAGAUCAAUGAUAUAUAAUAAAGUAGUGACUGUGGUUUUACAGCAGUCUACCGCAAAUUUAAAACAUACAGUAAAUCACUGUAAAUUAAAUGUUAAUACCCUUAAUCCAAUGCAUAUUACAGUAAUGAACUGGAAAAGAAAAUGAUGGUAUUUUACUGGGCAUUUUGCGGUAAGUAACUGUAGAAAUUACAGUUAAGUCUAACAGAGUUGUUACUAAGUAAUUAGUUACUGUAAUUGAAUAGUUACUUUUUCCAUGAAAAAGUAAAUUAAGGGAUUACUCUUUUUACCAGUAAUUAAAUUACAGUAACUUCUUAGGUAACUGUGUAUGGACUGUAGAUCAAUGAUAUAUAAUACAGUAGUGGUUACUAUAAAAAGUAAAGUCUAAGGUUAAAAUGCAUGUUUUUUAUGUAUCCUUCUCACUUUGAAUACUUUGGUGAGUUAAUAAGAAUAACGGUAAUGUAGUUUACAAUUCUCACUAUAAACUGGUUGGUUAUUAGCAUUAAUAUUACUGAGAUAUUGGCUGUUUAUUAAUACUUAAAAAGCACAUAUUAUUGUUUGAUUCUGCAAAAACCUUAAUCUACAUCCUUAAUUAUACCUAAUUCCUACAAAUACUUAAACUUAACAAAUGCUUCACUAAGUAUCAAUAAGCAGUAAUUAUGGGUAUAUUAAAGCAACACUAAAGAGUUAUUGCUCUUUGCUCCCCCUACAGGUUAGAUGCGUAAUUGUUCAUUAGCACUGUCGUAAACACUGCAGCAUAGCUGGCUCUGAUUGGAUUGUAGGUCUGCUUUUGUAAGUUUGUAAGUUUUUGUAGUUUUCACUCGAACUACAGGACCACUACCCGACAUUGGAAACUUCUUUAGUGCGGUUUUGGCCGAUAGAGGGCUGCAAAGCGAAUGUGAAAGUGCCAUUCACCCUGUUUUGAGUGGAUGAACCACUGAAACUUUUUUGGAAACGUUAUUUUAAGAGUUUGUCAAAUCAGGAGUCAGGUGUGAGAGACAACUGGAAGACUGGGAAGUCUGAGGAUUUCCAGCAGAGGGAAUUUCGGCCCCUGACACCUUUGUCUGAUUUCUUUGAAGAUUCACAGAGUUCAGUCACAGCCGAGAUCCAUCAGACUUCCUCGGCUGUGCAGUGUAUGACCCCACCAUACAGCCCUCGCUGUGAUCAGGAGUCGGCAGAGGUCGCCUCCAACAGUCCCAUCCAAGAGCCAAGAUCUCAAGCUAUCAGUGUAAUCCGCCACACCUCAGAAGCAUCAUCCCCCAUAAACUAUUUCUGCCCUGCUGAAACUUCAGACAUCAAGUGUUCAUCUGGUAACAAACACAUUUCUUUUAACAACCCUCACUGUCAAUCUAAAGGCCCACAUGGCAAUGACUCAAACCCUAAGCCUCUCAGCUCCGAUGUGUCUCCAGCCCCCCGGCCGGUGUCUGGUGUUCCUUCUGAAAGUGUGCCAUCGAUCUCAGUGUUCCAGAUGAUUCCUUUAACACCCAGCUCCAUGGUUCCCAUCCCUCCGCAGUGCCUUGCUAAUUCGGCAAACGUUUGCCAAGCGUCAGUGGUUUUUGUGGCUGCUCAGAUGCCCAAAGGUUCAGUGAUGGUCGUUGUGCCACAGCCAGUCACACCUACACAAACCUAUCUGGCACAUUCAUCAGGUUUGAAGUUUCCUGCUAUUGCUCCAGCUCCAGGCCACAACUCAUCCUCAAACAGCGCCGUCUCCAAAGCAGCUCCAUCACGGACUCGCGACCACGUCUGCUCUCACCCGGACUGUGGGAAAACGUACUUCAAAAGCUCACACCUAAAAGCACACCUGAGAACCCAUACAGGUGAAAAGCCAUUUCAUUGUAGCUGGGAAGGUUGCAUGAGGCGUUUCACCAGAUCUGAUGAACUCUCACGUCAUCGACGCACACAUACAGGAGAGAAGCGUUUCGCCUGCCUCAUCUGCCACAGUCGCUUUAUGCGAAGCGAUCACCUUACCAAGCACGCCAGUCGCCAUCUCACUGCCAGGAGAACAUCAAUGUGGCAGAAAGAUAUCAACAGUCUUAACAUCACCACUGUCUCUCGCAAUCUACAACCUUUGGCCCCCAAGACUCUGAGCUGACAAAGAUGGAGGUGGAUCGGGGGCGAAUUUUUCUAGAAAGCCAUUUAUUCAGGAAUUAUUUUUAAUAUUUAAAAAUGGUUGGAUGGAGAACACAGAAGUCUUAAGACAUUUUUUUUUAUUUGAUCUGUUUAAAACUUCACAUGCAAACUUAAAAAACGCAAAAGACAAAAGAAAGACAUAGUGCAAUGACCAAUGGUCUGAUGUGUGUUUACAUAUGAGUGAACACAAGGACAACUCCUUUGUGACCUUCAGACCACAAAACUACAAACAAACUGGCAUCACAAGCUAGCGAAACAUGGGUAACACUUUACAAUAAGCUUCAUUAGUUAACAUUAUUUAAUGUAUUAACUAACAUGAACAAACCAUGAGCAAUACAUUUGUUAAAGUAUUUAUUAAUCUUUGUUAAAGGU